AUGGAUAUAGUGCUGGACAACAACUUAAGAGUCAAGGGUACGGAGCUUGACCUUAUGGGAUCGGCAGGGGCGAAGGCGGUGGUGGCGCAAAGUGACACGAAGAUCUUUUUUAGUAACUCGGUGGUGACAGGAGAGAUUUAUCCGCUGGAUUCAGAGGUUAGGGUUUGUGAUGAGUCUAGGACGGGGGAUGUCGCGACAGUGGAGUUGAGGGAAGGGGAUCGUGUUUUGGUUAAUCAUACGACGGAGAAAGAGUAUAAGCUUAAGACUACUGGUGACACUAAGCUUAAUAAUUUUGGAAGCCAAAUAAUUGGUGUUGUGUCAGUACUUAUCUACUGGACGCCAUCGAUCAACUUCAGCAAACAUAUCCAUAUGUUUUCAAACAAUUAA